AUAAAACCAAACUCUGCUUCUCUAACAAAGCCAAUCACUCUAUUUCUCUUUACACACACACAUUUAUAUAUACAAAAUUAGGUAGUUGUAUGUAUGUUUAGCAUGGCGGAUGUGGACUACCAAAACAAGGCAUGCAACAACGCGCCAUUAAAGCUCUUCGGCUUCCACGUCACCGAAGACCAAGAAGACUCUAGGGCGCCCCCGGGGUCCGCAGACCCCGGGGCAGCGGACGGCCGCAAAUACGAGUGCCAAUACUGCUGCCGCGAGUUCGCCAACUCGCAGGCCCUCGGCGGCCACCAAAACGCCCACAAAAAGGAGCGCCAGCAGCUCAAGCGCGCCCAAAUGCUCGCCACGCGCACCACCGGCGCCUCCUACCUGCGAAACCCCAUCAUCUCCGCCUUCUCCCCUCCCCCCCACCUCCUCCCCCCCACCCCCGCCGCCUGGGUCUACGGCCCGCGCCCCGCGCCCCCCUUCCACGUGUCGCACGGCUGCGUCUUCGCCCCUGCCACCGGCCGGGCCCCACUGGACUCCACUAUUGGGCCUUCGCAGCCCCUUGUGGCCCACGAUGGGAGGCUGGAUGGGCCUCCGCUGAGUAGAUUUUCCAGCGAUGGGCCCAGUUUCGACGAUGCGUUUGGGCUGGAUCUCCAUCUCAGCUUGGCUCCAGCCGAGCCGUGACUGUGGAGAGGAUUUUCUGUACAUUUUGUUUUAGAUUUAUUUUUCUUCGCAUACAUUGAUUAUUUCUGCAAUUCGGAAAUUAUGGGUCCAGCAUUGUAGAGUAUGUCACUCGACUUGGAUGGAUGUACAUGCGUUGUAUGACGAGCUAGAAUUAUUAUGGUUUUUGAUGUGUUGAAUAAAUAGUAGCCAAUAUAGAAAAGAAGACGCGGCACAAUGAUUUUCAUGAUCUAGACAAGAUUAUUAACCACUUCACUAUGAUGUUAGCCCCACAAAGUGAGACUCUUUGGGUUUAGUCAUGAUUG